CAAAAGGAAAACAUUCCGUGUUGUCGUGAUUUCCUGGUGCUUAUUGCAUAAAGAAUUUGUAUUGACAAUUUUAAACUGAUACAAUUCCAUUGGAUAAAGCAAACGAUAGACGGACAGAAUGUAUAGGAAGGCGUGUGCCUCCAGCGUGCAGCUGAUGCACAUCUCAAUGCCCACAAUUCGUUGCAACAGGACCACUAGCAGCAGCACCACCACCGCCACCCAUAAAGAGCAAUCAGCACCACCGCCACCAUUGCGUCCACGUGCAAAUGCUUUGACCGAUGAGAUCAUACGUGUCGAUCAUGCUGGCGAAUUGGGCGCCGAUCGCAUCUAUGCGGGCCAGAUGGCCAUCUUGGGCAGUGGGCCGAUGGGCAAGACAAUUGAGCAUAUGUGGGAGCAAGAGAAAUGUCAUCGGGCGCAAUUCGAGGAGCUGAUACGGCGGCAUCGGGUCCGACCCACCAUAAUGACGCCCAUUUGGAAUGUGGCUGCGUUUGCGCUGGGCGCCGGCACCGCCCUCCUUGGCGAGAAGGCGGCAAUGGCGUGCACCGUUGCCGUGGAGACGGUCAUCGUCGAGCACUACAACGAUCAAUUACGUCAGAUUAUGGAAUCACCCAAUCCGGAUAAGGAGCUGCUUGAGACAAUUACAAAAUUUCGUGACGAAGAACAGGAGCAUCAUGAUACGGGCAUUGAUUGCGGCGCCGAGCAGGCGCCCUUCUACAAGGCUAUCACCGAAGUGAUCAAGUUUGGCUGCAAAACGGCCAUAAACAUAUCGAAAAAGAUCUAAAUCGAAGCCACCAGGAAAAAUGUCACCAAAUUGUUAACGUGUUUUUUUUACAGCAAAAAUCUGAUUGUCAACCAUUAAAUAUAUAAUAAUAAUAUAUAAUAUAU